CAGGCACAUAAAUAUUUCGAACGAACACACUCUGAGUGGGAUAUUGUAGAUUUUCUAAACGAUUCAAAUGAGAGCGAGUUUCAAGAUCUAGAUCUCAGUCAGAAGAUAGGAAUUUAUCUAAAGUCUCUCGAGGCCAUCAUGGAUGCCGAUAAAGGACAAAGAGAGAAUAUGGUGGCGUGGUGGAGGAUCUAUGGGUCCUGUAUCAUUCAAGUCUAUAGGGCGAGCUACGAAGUCGGUGUUGGGGCGGGGGCAAUCUAUAGGGUUGUCUUACGUUCAAGACUAAAGGUUGACCUGGCACUGACCCCACUGGGGCGUGGGCAAUCUAUAGGGUUGUCUUACGAUUCUCAGCCCGAUCGUAAACGAGCAAAGGAAUAUGAUCAAAAGCGUGGACUAGUAUCUAGACCUUCAAUUCAUAUUAACAAUUCAACAAUCGCGGGUAAUAUUCAAGGAACUGGGAUCAUUGAAGACACUUCGCGUAAGAUCAUAGAACCAGCUUUGAAGCGGAAGAAGUUAUCCAAAAACUGUUUAAGUGAGAAAGACCUAGUUAUAGAUGCUGAAAAUAAUCCGUUUUUUGUCUCCGAGCAUGGAAAGGGUUCGAACACUAAUCGAAACGAGGAGGAUGAGGAGGUAUUAAAUGAAGAAAUCAAAUUACCAACUCAUACAAGUAAAAAGACGAAAACAAGUGUGACUAGUGCCCCAAACACCAGGCCAAGAAACGAUAGCGAAAAGUCUUUUUCUUCUGAUGUAGAGCCUGAAGAUGACGAAGAAAUAAAGUUCGACUUUACAGAUAUUGAAGAGGAGUUGCAACGGAAGCCGAUCAAUGAGUGGAAAGUUGGUGCCAUCAACGUAUCACGAAGAUUUAGACAAUAUCAGAUAGAGGUACUUGGAAAGGCGAAGACUAGCGGUUUGAAAUACGAUAACAUUUAUGAAAUCUUAGCCUUAUCAUCAAUAAUGGUAUUCUGCUGGCCCUGCCCGUAUCCCAUGUUUACCAUUCAAGAAUGGGAGGAAAUUACGGUAACUAAUCCAUACAAGAUUCAAGAAUCACCACUUUCACAGGAGAUUUUAUCAUCCUUUCGCGAAGCAUAUUGUAACUAUUUUCUUGGUAAUGAUGUCUUCAUGAAUGGGGGUAAUUCGAAACUAAGUAGAGCAGUCGCAUGCGCUUUUAAUGAUCUGUAUAACAGCGUCCCAGAUGUUGCACCACCAAAGAUGUCCGAGGAUGAGCACUGCUACAUGUUUCUUCAUCCUAUCUCUCGUCCAUUAUUUGCUGGUUCGAGAAAAGAAUAUGAACUAAUACUGAAUCGUGCCAACACAGGUUCAACAAAAAGACCAGACCUGUCUUGCACAGUAGAUCGUGUACCGAUUCUAAACUCGGAAUUUAAACCUGUUGGUUGCACACCAUUACAACGUAAGAAAGACGGGCUGAAAGUACAGUUAAAAGCACGAAAAUCGAUAAACCAACAACUACAAAGAAAAGGAGGUCCAGGUGAAGCCGUCAUAUUAUUAAACAUGGGCGAUUUGAUGCAAUCAUAUUUUAUGGAUUUGAAAUAUGACGGACUAUAUUGUUCCUGGUCGUUCCUAACUACAAAAAUGGUGAUUGAUAAGGCCUCAAUUCCUUUAGCGGAUUUUUCAAUUCGUCAUCUUGUAGCUCUAGAAGAACGUAUUGGAGAGAUCGCGAAGAACUUCAAAUAUAGAAAGUAUCGUGCCGGCAACACUACAUCACCUGAACAAAUAUCAUAUACAC